CGAAUCAGCCAUGGGAGAGAGAAAGAAAGAAACAUCAUUUUCAUGUUUUCUUCAACUGGGCAGCUAUUUACCAGCCAUAACUAUCUGGUGAAGGCAUUUAUGUUUCCGUCUCUGUAUACAAGCAAGCAAGGUGAGACAACAAUCAUAAUCUACCCAGUUUCAGUUCCUUCAUGGGUUCUCUAGAAACAGAUGGACUGCAGGAGCAUCUGCUGAUGGUAGAUGAAGAUAAAGAAGAAAAUGGUUUUGAUCAUGAAAAGAACUCCAAAAUUCGGAUUAGGGAAUUGAAGAGAUCUUCAGACAAGGGAAUACCAAUUCUAACCAAAAUCAACCUGGAUAUACCCAAAGGAAUAAUCAUGGGUAUAAUCGGCCCGAGCGGGAGCGGCAAGUCAACCUUGCUCAGAGCACUCAACCGGCUCUGGGAACCGGCCGCCGGCACCGUCUUCUUGGACGGCGACGACAUAUGCGAUCUCGACGUUCUCAGCCUGCGACGGAAAGUCGGGAUGCUGUUCCAAUUACCUUCUCUAUUUGAAGGAAGUGUUGCAGAGAAUGUAAAAUAUGGUCCACAACUGAGAGGGAAGAAGCUUAGUGACGAACAGGUGCAUCAGCUGCUUAGUCUCGCAGAUCUCGACCCAUCAUUUUUCAGUAAACCGGGUCGCGAGUUAUCGGUUGGUCAAGCGCAGAGAGUGGCCUUGGCUAGAACUCUAGCAAACGAACCGGAGGUUUUGUUGUUGGACGAACCCACAAGCGCUUUGGAUCCAAUAUCAACGCAGAACAUAGAAGACGUUCUUGUGAAGCUAAAGAAUAACAGAGGGAUCACCAUUGUCAUCGUCUCCCACAGCAUCAAGCAAAUCCAGAGGAUCGCUGAUCAGGUGGCGCUUGUUGUCAAUGGAGAGAUCGUUGAAGUUCUUAAACCUAAUCAUCUCUCUCAGGCUAAACAUCCCAUGGCUCAAAGAUUCCUUGAGCUCAGCUCUUAAAAUUGCAUUUUAAUGAAAUGAAAGUUACAAUUUUUAUAAGAUAGAUAAUUCGUGUAAAUCUGCUUCUCAUUAAUUAUUGUAAUUGUUGAUGUUCAACAAAUGGAAUUUCUCUACAACAUUGUCCGAUCGGUUCGAUGGACAUGACAUGACAGACUUAUCGUCAAUUGAAAAAUUGAAAGAAUAAACAGUUUCACCUACAAAAGAUGCCCUGAAUACUUCCAAUCUGUUGGAAGGGGAGGCCUUAUUCCGGCAAAUCCUAGCUCAGAUCAACCCAGAGUUAGCCACGUGCUGAUCGCUACAACCGUCAGGAUUAAGCCACCGCCGAACCGGACAGUAGAGCUACCCGCUUUAUCAUCAGCUGCCACUGGCCCAUCUGCUAAGGGUCCUGGAGCCGGUGCGCUACCCAAUGACGGUGUGGCAAUUGGACUUUUUGAUGGUGCGGUUUUAGAUCCAAACGGGGACGGGGCCUUGCCUGGUCUACCCGGACUGGGUGCUGGAGAUUUCGAUUUGGUUGGAGGGCUUGCAGUUGUUGGUGAAGGUGGGCUAGUUAUUAUUGAUGGUGAUGGUGGGCUUGUUGAAUUUGUUGCUGUCGGUGGGCUUGUUGUGUUUGUUGCUGUCGGUGGGGUUGUUGUGUUUGUUGCUGUCGGCGGGGUUGCGGUCGUCGGUGGUGGUAGUACGCCUGGUGAUGAUGGUGGUGGUGGGGGUGGCGGCGGUGGGGGUGGUGGUGUUGAAGUAGCGCCAUUCCCAUUCUGAAUACCGUUAGGAAUUAUGAAUCCACUAACUUGCAAAACCGAAACAUUGUAAGGCUGAGCGACAACAGUCUUAACCAAACUAGCACGUCCAGACCCUUCAGCACCGGAGGCAAAAAGAACAGCACCGCCGGUUGUGAUGGUCAUGUUGAUAAAACCCUGUUGGUUCAUCGCCCUGCCGGUUGUCUGAAACAGAGUCGGUGUCAGAGUGCUACCACCAGCCAUACUCCUAAGCUUGGCAACAUCAAAGUAAUCAAGAAGGACAUGAAUAGACAUGAUUGUACGAACAUAGUCGGUUGAUUGGCCGGAAAGUGAGCCGGUGCCGCCGUUAUCAACAGCCAAAAUGGUGAUUGAUUGUCGGGAGUUAAUGUCGUUUACCAAUUGGGUUUGGGUUAGGUAGUUACUGAAGGUGCUUAAAUCUGAGUAACUAGAAAGUAUGUCGGUGAUGUUCAUGGCUUGAGAUUGUUGGUAACAGAAACAGAACAUGAAGAUGAAAGAAAGGAUCAAACUGUUCUUGAUGAAAUCCAUUGUUUGUUUGUUUUUUGAAGUGAAGUGGGAUAUUGUAUAUGAAAUGUGAUUUGUGUUCUUCAAA